AUGUACGAAUCGCAGACGCUGUCCACGACAAACUCGCCUCAAUCGAGCGACAAGCCGCCUCCGAAACACAAUGACAAAAUUAACUAUAAUCCAGACAUUUCUUUCUCCACCACUGUCGACUCAAAACACCUCACAUACCCGAUGCUUUCGUCUCGUGACCUCGAGUCUCAUCGUAAACCGCCAACAAGAGUACGGAUGCUUGUCCGAGAUUUCAUCGAGGAUUCGUUGUACAACCCGCAUUACGGCUAUUUCAGCAAGCGCGCGACGAUCUUCACUGCACCUCCGCACUGCGGUGGCGUAGAGGGAGGUUUUGAUUUCAACAAGUAUAGAGACAGUGCCGAGUUUGAAGUUGACGUUGCGAAGAGGUACAAGGAAUAUGGCAAUGGAGAGGAGGACGGUCCCGGGAGGCAACUAUGGCACACUCCGACGGAGCUGUUCAAGCUUCAAUGCUUGGUGUCUGAGUACUUGCUCAAAUAUUUCCCUUACGAAGACUUCAAGAUCUACGAGCUCGGAGCCGGAAAUGGCACGCUGGCGCUGAAUGUCCUGGAUUUCUUAAAGACGCAGUACCCAGAGGUAUAUGACCGGACGCACGGACAUCGUCUACAUCAACGAGGUCAUGGCCAGGUGGUGGACGUGGUGAACCGGAGCGUUUUCCGGUGGGAGCGCAAGGAAAACGCGCCCUGUUACGUGGUAGCAGCGGAAGGUAGGUGGAUCAAUUUUGCCCAUGAUGUGGUACGGUAUGAUCUGAAGACCCUAGAGGCAUACCAGGGGGUCGUGGCCGUGGACGAAGUGGGCGAGUUCGUACCGUUCUACAUGAAGAUCAGUGAUCCGCUCAUCGCAUCCUAUCUCGCGUUGCGUCGGCGGCUGGCACUGCCUGCACCACUCCCACGUUUCCUGCGUUCGCCAUCUUUGCGGAGGUUAUACGCAUCGUUGCCAUUCGCACCGAACCUCUCACCACCCAAUUACAUUCCGACGAGGCUCCUGAGCCUACUGGAAGAUACUACUAUUUUCGUGCAGCAAGGCUGGUUCGACAUCAUGUUCCCGACGGAUUUUGCCGCUCUUCGCGAGAUGUACGAGUUCCUGUUGUCACAGGCGGGACCUGACGCGGACGAACAGGACGAGCUCCUGUAUGCAAGAUUAUCACCAUUGGCAGCGAGCACGUCUCCGCUUACGCUUGGGGCCGAUUACUUCUCGUCCCGUGCUCGCCGCUCACCUUUGGAUGGCGUGACGUCUGCGAGUGGGCUUCCUGUUGGUGAGCGGAAGAGCAGUGUAUUCAGCCAUGCCGAAUUUUUGGAGACAUAUGCAGAUCUUGGAAAGACGAGGUUGAGGAAUGGGGAGAAUCCGAUGGUUGGGUUUUAUGAAAAUGUGAAGGUGCUAUUUUGA